CCACUUUUAAAACCCUGAUUGGCACAUCCCUGCAUGCAAUAAUGUUCAUGUAAUUUGAGCAAAUUGGUAAUUUCAGAAGCUUCGCAAAUGGAUGGAUGGAUGAUUUGUGUUUCGUUAGUUGAAACAGGAAUAUAUGGCCCAAAAGAAGAGGCAAGAGGAGGAUGAGCUUAAACGGAAGAAACGGGAGCAAAGAAAAAAGGCUGAGUGUCUGGAGGAACAGAAGCAGGUGAAGGAGAAGAAAAGGCAAGAACAACUGCGGCAAGAUUGUGCCCAAGUGAACUCGGCCUUCCUGGACAAGCUCGACCGUCACGAGAAAGGACGUGAGAAAACCCCAAUGAGAAAGGCCGAUGUCAGCCACUCACCACUGAGCACUGAUGGACAAGAAAAACCGGGACCCCAUCCAGAGGAGAGCUACUCUGGCCAGAUGAUGCAAAAUGAUUUAGACGAAGAUGAAUACCUUGAGCGGUACCAAUACGAGAACCUGGAAUGGGCCUUGAUGAAACUGAUGGUAAACCUUCCAGAACUCAGCAGAGUUUUCCUGGAGGACAUUCUUGACCAGUGUGCUGGUGACUACCAGCGAGCUCACACUUUACUAAAGCACACAAUGACUUGAAGCUGAAGCUUUUUUUUGCUUGUCUGAAGUAUAUUGUGUUGCCUUAUGUAUGAAACGUUCUUUUAAAUGUGUCGCUUGCAUUUAAU